ACAUACACACACAUACACACACCGAGCACGGCUUCCAGACCCAUCCCCUGCCCGCCAGCUCCAGGCGCCGGAGAGAGGCAGAGGCCACCCUGCAGGGCUGCAGGAAGCACCACCUGGACCCCAGCUGCCAGGGAGAGACGGAGCCCGUGGCUGGAGAGGCCACCGAGCGGGGCCAGGCCGGGCCCUGCCCGCAAGGACACCCAAGCCCUUCACCGGCCCCUGGGCCCCAGAGCCCACCAGGCUCUCCUGCUGGCCCCACCAUGACUUCGGAGCCCACGUCACCCCCAGUUGUGCCCCCACUCCACUCCCCCAAGUCCCCUGUCUGGCCCACCUUCCCCUUCCAUCGGGAGGGCAGCAGGGUCUGGGAACGGGGUGGUGUCCCAUCUCGGGAUCUGCCCAGUCCUCUGCCCACCAAACGGACCAGGACGUAUUCGGCGACAGCCCGUGCCUCUGCUGGGCCCGUGUUCAAGGGCGUCUGUAAGCAGUUCUCGCGCUCACAGGGUCAUGGCUUCAUCACCCCUGAGAAUGGGUCCGAAGACAUCUUUGUGCACGUAUCUGACAUCGAGGGGGAGUACGUGCCAGUGGAGGGUGACGAGGUGACCUACAAGAUGUGUCCCAUCCCACCCAAGAACCAGAAGUUCCAGGCCGUGGAGGUGGUGCUCACCCAGCUGGCCCCUCAUACUCCCCAUGAGACGUGGUCUGGCCAGGUCGUGGGCUCCUAGGCUGGGUGGCUUAUGUGCCAGCCAGUCAGGUGGGUGGGGAGCCAGGGUGGAUGGGCAGCAGCCAGCUCCGUGCCCCCGCUGCACUGGCUGACCAGUCCCCGGGCAGCCUCAGUGUGCACGUCUGUCUGUCUGUGCUUGUGGCUGUGAGCGUGUGCCUCUACCCACCCCUGUGACCUGUGACUGUCGUGAGAGCUGGCCAGGAGCUCGACCGAGGGGAAGGCCACCAGACCCGCCUUCUGUGUGGUCCACUGUCUCCCUCUCCCCUCCUCCACCAUGUACACCCAGCACCCUCGUGACCUCCUGUUCACACCAACGGAGCCUCUGGGAGCCUGCGGCAGGCCCAAGGGGACCAGGUGGGAGCCCCUCCACACCAGCUCGCUUCCCCGCCUGUGCCCGAGCCCCGCUCUGCCCGGGCCCUGGCUGGGCCUAACCCCACCUGUGCUGCUCAUGGCUCCCACCCUGGGCUGGGGAAAGAGGGCAAAACGCAGAGGCAGACAGGCCGUCCUCACCGCCCCGGCCCCACCUUCCUGUCCUUGCUCUUUCCCUGGGCACACCGGAGAGGUAGGCGCAAGGGAUCUGGGGUUCCUGCCUCGCUGGCCCGUCCUCCUCCCCGGCCUGGCCCCUGCCGUGCUCCUUCCCUGGGCUGCCCCCAGUUGAGCUGCCUGCCCUCCCCCUCGGAGGCGGCGAGGGUCGGCAGGGUUGGGGCCAUCUCUUAAGCUCGACUCACAAACACCAACGAUGCUCUGCCCGUGCUGGCCAUGACGGCUGCCCAGGACGCUGUGGUAGACAACACACGUCCCCUCAAGCAGGGCCAGGCUCAGGUACCCACAAGGACGGGUGGCCCUCAGCCUGGGAGACCACCGGCUCUGCAACCUCCAUGCCAGAUCCUCUUCCCAAAGCCGCAGAACGGGUGGCUCCCACUGGCGCCUGCCAGGCUGGUGGCUGAGGUGUGGCCCUUUUCUUGUCCAUCCCUGAAGAUGUGUCUGGCCCGGGAAGCCAGGAAGG